GGUGCAGAUCUCUGCCCUCCCAGAGGGGAUAAAUCCUAAAAAAUUUUCUCUGGCUUUUGCAUUUCUAUUAAUUUGCCAUUGUUAUCAUUUUCCCCGUUUUACCAUUCCCUCUUCCCUCAUCGCUACAGAAAAAACCCAAAAAAUUUACGCUUUUUCUGUUUAUUUAUCUGAUUUAUCAUUUCUUUAUUUAUUAUUCAGAGGAGGUGGAGAAUUCCCCUUCAAAAAGAAUAAUCUGAAUUGAAUACGUAGAAAUGGCACAGAUUCAGGUGCAGAACCCUAAUGUGGCGGCGGCGGCGGCGGCGACUGGGCAGAAUGGAGUGGCGGCAGCGGUGGUGCCUGUUGGACCCCCGCCACCGCCGCCGCCGCCUUCAGCCGACGGACAGUUUGUGUCGACCUCGCUUUACGUCGGUGAUUUGGAUUUUAAUGUGACCGACUCUCAGCUGUACGAUCUGUUUAAUCAGGUCGGUCAGGUUGUAUCGGUUAGGAUUUGCCGAGAUCUUAGCAGUCACCGCAGCCUUGGCUAUGGUUAUGUCAAUUAUACCAAUCCCCAGGAUGCUGCCAGAGCAAUGGAUAUAUUGAAUUUUACUCCCCUCAAUAACAAGUCCAUUCGGAUCAUGUAUUCCCACCGGGACCCCAGUAUUCGUAAAAGUGGAAGGGCAAACAUUUUCAUUAAGAAUCUGGACAAAUCCAUCGACAACAAAGCACUCCAUGACACCUUUUCGAGCUUUGGGAAUAUCCUUUCUUGCAAGAUAGCAACAGGCCUCAAUGGUCAAUCAAAGGGCUAUGGUUUUGUUCAAUUUGAUACUGAAGAAGCUGCAAAAAAUGCUAUAGAUAAGUUAAACGGCAUGCUUAUUAAUGAUAAGCAAGUAUAUGUUGGGCAGUUUGUUCGUAGGCAGGAAAGGGAAAGGGAAACUGCAUCAGAAAAGACUCAGUUCAAUAACGUAUAUGUGAAAGAUUUAUCUGAGUCUACAACAGAGGAUGAUCUAAAGAAAAUUUUUGGUGAAUAUGGAACAAUAACUAGUUCUGUGGUGAUGAGGGAUGCAGAUGGAAAGUCAAAAUGUUUUGGAUUUGUCAAUUUUGAAAAUGCUGAUGAUGCAGCCAAAGCUGUUGAAGCUCUGAAUGGAAAGAAAUUUGAUGACAAGGAGUGGUAUGUUGGAAAAGCCCAGAAGAAAUCGGAGAGAGAACAGGAACUGAGAGCUCGAUUUGAGCAGGCUUCCAAGGAAACCAUUGACAAGUUUCAGGGACUUAAUUUGUAUGUUAAAAACUUGGAUGAUAGCAUUGAUGAUGAGAAGCUGAAAGAACUCUUUUCAGACUUUGGCACUAUCACAUCAUGCAAGGUUAUGCGGGACCCUAGUGGAAUAAGCAAAGGAUCUGGAUUUGUUGCCUUCUCAACUUCUGAUCAAGCUACUCGAGCUCUUUCUGAAAUGAAUGGGAAAAUGGUGAUCAGCAAACCACUCUAUGUUGCGCCUGCUCAGCGAAAAGAAGAGCGAAGAGCAAAGUUACAGGCCCAGUUUUCCCAGAUAAGGCCUGUUGCAAUGCCCCCAACUAUGGCUCCCCGUCUACCAGUGUAUCCUCCUGGUGCUCCUGGUAUGGGACAGCAGCUAUUUUUCGGACACGCCCCUCCUGCUAUGAUUCCACCUCAGGCUGGAUUUGGCUAUCAGCACCAGCUUGUUCCUGGAAUGCGCCCUGGGGGCGGUCCUAUGCCAAAUUUCUUUGUGCCAAUAGUCCAACAAGGCCAACAAGGCCAGCGUCCUGGCGGCAGACGAGGAGGUGGCCCGGUGCAACAGAAUCAGCAAUCUGUACCUCUGAUGCCUCAGCAAAUGCUACCUAGGGGGAGCAGGAUGUAUAGGUAUCCGCCAGGUCGGAAUGGGCCGGAUGUGCCUGUUGGGGGUGGUGUUCCUGGAGGCAUUAUGUCGGUCCCAUACGACAUGGCUGGCAGCAUGAUUCCUCGAGAUUCUGCACCAGCAGCUAUUCCACAACCUAUUCCUGUCACUGCCUUGGCUUCUGCACUUGCCAAUGCAUCUCCUGAGCAGCAAAGGCUGAUGUUGGGUGAGACCCUUUAUCCUCUAGUUGAUCAACUCGAGCACGAGCACGCUGCAAAAGUAACCGGCAUGUUACUGGAGAUGGACCAAACUGAGGUUCUGCACUUGCUCGAAUCGCCGGAUUCUUUGAAAGCUAAAGUUUCGGAGGCUAUGGAUGUUCUGAGGAAUGUUCAGGCCCCCAACGCCCCCCCUACCGAUCAACUCGCUUCGCUCUCACUCAACAACGAAAACCUCGUAUCUUGAGGUGAUGUCUGUCCUAAUCCGUCUCCACCUGAAUCAAAUAAAACUCUUUCCUGCUAGUGAAGAUCUAAAUGGUUUCUUUCUGAGUUUUGGUUUCAUAAGCUGUCCCAAGUCCUGUUGGGGUUUUUGUCGGAGUUAUUUAUUAUUUGUUUGCCUCUGGAAUUUUCAUCAGAGUUGCAGUUUUGAAAUAAGGGGGGGAACUCAUCCCACCCCACCCCAUCCCAUCUUAUCCUUAUCCUAUUAUGUUUGAUUCAUGCAAAUAAAUGAUGAAAGUUUUUAUUCA